AGCCCUAUAAUUGGGCCGGUCUGGGAUCCCAGAUCGCUAUUCUGCCCCUGGAGGAGAGGAUCGUGCACCCCCCUGGAGCUGACUGGCCAAUAGCAGGCUCUGAGAAGAUGAAGCUUUUGUGGGCUGUGCUGGUGGUCACGUUGCUGGCAGGAUGCCGGGCUGACGUGGUGGAGCCCGAGUCGGAGCCGGAGAUGCUUGAGCGUUCACAGUGGCAGGCCAGCCAUCCCUGGGAGCUGGCGCUCGGCCGCUUCUGGGAUUACCUGCGCUGGGUGCAGACAUUGUCUGACCAGGUGCAGGAGGAACUGCUCAGCUCCCAGGUCACCCAGGAAUUGACGGUCCUGAUGGAGGAGACCAUGAAGGAAAUAAAAGCGUACAAAUCCGAGGUGGAGAGCCAGCUGAGCCCGAUGGCGGCGGAGACUCAGGCCCGGCUGAACAAGGAGCUGCAGGCGGCGCAGGCGCGGCUGGAGGCGGACAUGGAAGACGUGCGCGCGCGCCUGGCGCAGUACCGCACCGAGGUGCAGACCAUGCUGGGCCAGAGCACGGAGGAGAUGCGCGCGCGGCUGGCCUCACACCUGCGGAAGCUGCGCAAGCGGCUGGGCCGCGACGCCGAGGACCUGCAGAAGCGCCUGGCCGUGUACGAGGCCGGGGCCCACGAGGGCGUGGAACGCAGCGUCAGCGCCCUCCGCGAGCGCCUGGGGCCUCUGGUGGAGCAGGGCCGCACGCGGGCCGCGGGCCUGGACGCCGGCGCCGCCCGGCUGCGCGAUCGAGCCCAGGCCCUGGGCGCCCGGCUGCGAGGGCGGCUGGAGGAGGUGGGCAGCCAGACCCGCGACCGCCUGGAAGAGGUCCGCGUGCAGAUGGAGGAGGUGCGCGCCAAGAUGGAGCAGCAGGCCCAGGCCUUCCGGUCCCGCCUCAAGAGCUGGUUCGAGCCCCUCGUGGAAGACAUGCAGCAAUACUGGGCCGAGCUGGUGGAGAAGAUGCAGGCGGCCGUGGGCCCCAACGCCGUCCCUGUGCCCGCCAUCGACAACCACUGAUCCGGCCGCCCAGCCACCCACCCAUCGCCUGGGCAGACCACCCCAGGGAGGGCACCUCCCCUGCCCCCCCCUCCCCGUCCCCCUUCCUACCCCCCUCCCCUGGCUCCCCUGUGUCCUGGGGGUCUACAGGAGACCCCUGGCCCCAGCCUGGCUUAAUAAAGAUUAUCCAAGCUAC